GAGUUGCGGGAAAACUCCUCACCCCUUCUCUCUCUCUCUCUUCUGCCCCACGUCUCCUCGUAUAUAUAAUCCCCCCCGACCAUCUCUCUCUCCCUCGACUCCAGAUUCGCACUCAACCUCCUUUCAUCACAAGCUUCGAACGAACUUCUACGGAGAGGGAGAGAGGGAGAGAGUUUCUCUGUUGUUGAGGCCUUUGGAGACCCGAGGAGAUGGAACAGAGGAACGACGACGACCGCAGCCGAAACGGGAACAGGGGCGGCGAGACGGAGGAGAAGAACAAGGUGGUUCGCGACGCGGGCUUCCCGGUCCACAGCCAAGUGAGGAAGAUCAAGGAGGAAUUGGAGGCGACGGCCGUGGACUGGUCGACGGUCCAGCCGAAGAUGAGGCCCGUCCUCAGAGCCAGGGAGGUCAUCAAGCGGCAGCGCUCCCGGUCGCCGCUGGGCCUCGCGGCCGGACGACCCAUCUCCGUUGGAGAUCCUUGAUCCGGAUCCGGGUCUCGGGGGUGAUCGUAGAUGUCAUAUUAUACUUGUAGAUGAUGAUGACGACGACGAAGACGGGGCUUUUCUUUGUUGGUGGCAAUUUUUUUGUUAUUGCCUCGGUUAUGCAGAGUUCCUCUGUUUUCUUGC